CCGUCUUUACGGCAGGCCGGAUUCCACGCCUCCAAUAUGGCGUCCCCCACAUAGGAAGUGGCCGUGGUUUCUACCCCGGGUGGCUGGGGGCAGUGCUGAGCUGGGGCUGCUCUUCAUCCAUCCUGGGCAACUGCAGAAAGCAGCAGUUAAAAUUCGUUUCUGGUCACGGCUCUAGGAAGCCAUCUCCUCUGAGGGUCAAGAAUCGCCGUUUUCUUUUAAUUCCUGCAAGUUCCUCCUCUGUCCCUGGCUUGUUGUCCGUGCCAACUCCGGACAUCCCCAGGUCCCUGACCCUUCUACACUCAAAUCAUGAACCUUCAGCAGCUGUUGCGCUUGCCCCGUUAUCUCGGAGCCUUGGGUCCCCCGCGUCGCCGGUGGUGGUCCCCGUCCCUCGACACCAUCGCCUCAGUAGGUUCCUGGCGUGGUCAAUCCUCGAGGUCCCCGGCUUACUGGAACCAGGUGGUGUCAGAGGCGGAGAAGAUUGUGGGCUAUCCCACGUCCUUCAUGAGCCUCCGCUGCCUGCUGAGUGACGAGCUCAGCAACAUCGCUAUGCAGGUGCGGAAGCUGGUGGGAACUCAGCACCCUCUGCUUACCACAGCCAGGGAACUUGUACACGACAGCCGGCAUAACCUCCAGUUGAGGGGCUUAGUGGUGCUGCUUAUUUCUAAAGCAGCUGGGCCCAGCAGCAUGAACGCUUCAUGUCAGAACUAUGAUAUGGUCAGUGGGAUCUACUCAUGUCAAAGAAGUUUGGCAGAGAUCACAGAACUUAUCCAUACUGCUCUCCUUGUACAUCGUGGGAUUGUAAAUUUAAAUGAAUUGCAGUCUUCUGAUGGGCCACUGAAAGACAUGCAGUUUGGAAAUAAAAUUGCUAUCCUGAGUGGAGACUUUCUUCUAGCAAAUGCCUGCAAUGGACUAGCUCUGCUGCAGAACACCAAGGUUGUGGAACUUCUAGCAAGUGCUCUUAUGGACUUGGUACAAGGAGCAUACCAUGAAAAUUCUACUUCAGCAAAGGAAACUUAUAUCACAGAUGAUAUUGGAAUAUCAACUUGGAAGGAGAAGACUUUUCUCUCCCAUGGUGCCUUACUAGCAAAGAGCUGCCAAGCUGCAAUGGAAUUAGCAAAGCAUGAUGCUGAGGUUCAGGAUAUGGCAUUUCAGUAUGGGAAGCACAUGGCCAUGAGUCAUAAGAUAAAUUCUGACCUCCAGCCUUUUAUUAAAGAAAAAACCAGUGACUCCAUGACUUUUAAUCUAAACUCAGCUCCAGUAGUCUUACAUCAGGAGUUUCUUGGAAGAGAUUUGUGGAUUAAGCAGAUCAGAGAGGCUCAAGAAAAAGGAAUAUUAGACUAUGCUAAGUUGCGAGAAACAAUCAAAGCUGGCAAAGGUGUGACUUCAGCUAUUGACCUGUGUCGUUACCAUGGAAACAAGGCACUGGCGGCCCUGGAGAGCUUUCCUCCCUCGGAGGCCAGAUCUGCUUUAGAAAACAUUGUGUUUGCUGUGACCAGAUUUUCAUGACACCAAAUUAAAAAGACACUAUUGUUUAUUAGCAGAAAAACCUAGGGAAUGAGGUGAUGGAGAGAGCUUUCAUGGUGAAAUAUCUAAAUGUGUUAAUGACUUUAAAAACAUACAUUUUUUCCCUUUUUUUUUUAUCACAUCACUAAACGAAUGCUGCCUUCUUUUUGGAACUGCUGCAAACAAAAUUAGAAGAAAAAAAGGUCAAGCAGUUUUCACUUGUCACGCCAGAAGCACACUUGAGGCUGCAGUAGCAGAAAUAAUUAAUGAGAUUCGCUCCUGUGACCUCAGCAAAUGGACAGGAAAUAAGUCCUUAUUGAUUGGACCGAGCCAGGGAUGGCGCCAGGGCGGUGGCCUGUGGUUUUCCUUCUAGAGAGGACGGAGCAAGCUGGAAGCUGCAGGUGUCAAGAGAAACACUCAAUACCAGCCAGUGAGGACCGUCAUAUCAAAAAACUAGUGACCAAUUUGUCAUAAGGGAAAGUAGUUCAAUUAAUUAAGAAAAAUAUGCUUUAUUUGUCAUCUUGCAAUUAUGUCUCUGUAUGUAUAGAUACAAUAUGAAUGUAUUUUGUGCUUUAUGGUUUUUGUAAGAUUUUUUUUUAGAGAAAUUGCUAAAAAGUUGCCAAAUAUUUGAAGUAGGAGAUUAAAAUGUUGUCAGAUGUUAAAUUGGUUAUAUUAGGAAUUGUGUUUUUCUUUCUUAAAGAACAGAUUUUUUUUCAAACACAUUUUAUUUUUUUAAUGAAAAAGGAACUUUUUUCAAGUGAAAUGUAUUCAAUUAUAAUACUUAGGGAAAUACCUUUAAUUUUUACACAUUUCAGAAAUAUAAUUGUUGUAUUGGGAAAUUCAUUGGUGAGAGUUUUCUUUUAACCUUAGAAUGUCACAUUUUGGUGUUGAACCACAGACAUCCAAUUACAGAAAGAAUAUAAGCAAUCUCACAGGCCUGCAAUCAGACACUGUCUCUGUGUGGUGGUUCAUUGGAGAUGAUUUUUGUGGUUUGCACACAUGCAAUAUGAGAAGACCGUUGACAAGAAGGCUGAGUUUACAUAAAUGAUCUAGAUUGAAACUCAGCUACCUUUCUUCCUUAUGUGGUAUAAUUACAGCCCUAUCUGGAGACAGCGAACACAGCAAACAGAUUUUAUUACCCAGUUCACUCAAACACUAAGUGAAGUUAUUUUAGUUAAAUUCCUCCCCCCAAAAGUUAUCAAACCAUUUUAUCAGAGCCCAACAUGUGACAUGCAAUGAAGAGAAAACAUGAAGCUACAGAGAUUAGAAUAUUAGGAAAUAUUUUAAGUAUACUUGAAAUAUUGUAAUUGUAUAGUUUAUGCCACUACAAUUUGAGGCCUAUUAGGUUUAGCUUCAGAGAACACUUGACUCUCCUGUUUGAAAUGUCUUUUCUCACUGAAAUUGGUUUAAUUAGUAACUAUGGUUAAGAUGCUUUAUAUCACACUAGGUUUUAAUCAUUAACUUCCCCAAAGGAGGAGUCAUGCUUUGUGUUCCUGUGUGUUCUUUGGAUAAGCCGUAGGUUUCGUGGAGCAGAUGGCUGGGGACUGCAGGGUGCAAGGCGGGAUCCUGUAAUUCUGGUUGAGCAUAUGGUUUGCUGUGUGACCUUGCACCAGUCACUUCCCUCUGAGCCUCAAUUUUCUAAUCUGUAAGUGAGAUUAAACAGCAUAAUGUGUGAAAUCCCUUCCAGGUUCGUUUUAUUUCCUAAAAGUUUGAAAUUCCUGGCUGUCUUACUAGCAAAGAUGCUGUGUGAGAUUCAGGGGGAGAGGCUCCGAGGGAAUGCGCAGAACUUAAUGGGCAGGUUCCUGCCAGACUGCCUCACAGGUGACUGAAAGUAUUCUAGCUCUCCUUUGUAUGACAUGCAGCCCUGGACUCUUCUGUUUGACGCCCACCUUUCUGCUGUCUUUGGGACCUUUCUUAACUCCCUUUCAUCUUCCCAGCUCCUUUCCCAUCCUUCAUUGCAUAUCCUGAGCCCCUGGCUCCUGCACCCCUGGGAGCAGCCGCCCACCCUCCCUGCUGAGUGAAAGUAUUCUGCCUCACCAGCCGGGGACACCUGGCCUCUCUUCUUAGGUCAUACUUAGCAGAGCUCUCGCUUCCUCAGCACCUUGGCAAGCUUGGGUAUAAAACCUAACAGGCUAGGCCAGGCGUGUAAUCCUAGCACACUGGGAGGCC